UGCUAAAAUGCCAAUUUGCUGGCUUGUUAGUCAAGAGGAAACGCAUAAACCUAUUUUCUUGCCUCACCUUCAGCCAGUUGUCCUGGGUCGUGGGCCAGAAACUACUAUUAAAGACAAAAAAUGCUCCAGAGAACAAGUCGAGUUGAAGGCUAACUGCAACAAAGGUUUUGUCCACGUUAAACAGCUGGGUGCAAACCACACCUCCAUCGACUCUGUGGUGGUUGGUCAAGGGAAGGAGGUCAAAAUGAAGCCUGGCCAGUUACUCCACAUUGUGAAUGAGUUGUACCCAUAUACAAUACAAUUCAAGGAAGAUCCUGGUAGUUGUAAGAGACCACUUAAAGUGUCUUCUAUGGAUCAAGAAGGCUGUCCAGAGGCUCCCAGUAGAAAAUCAGCCAAAAAAUCCGAACUGCUUGGGGCUGGCCAAGCAGAAGACUCAAGCAAGAUCAAUGAAAGCGUGGGACAUUAGAGCCAAGGGCUGAAGGCUUCAAUGCAAGACUCCAAAAUGCAGGUGUACAAGGAUGAUCAAGUAGUUGUAAUCAAAGACAAAUACCCCAAGGCACGUUACCAUUGGCUGGUUCUUCCAUGGCUAUCCAUUCCCAGCCUGAAGGCGUUGCGCAAUGAGCACUCCAACCUGGUUAAGCACAUGCAGAAAGUAGCCGAGCAAAUGAUUCAACAGUGCCCACAUGCUAGUUCCUUGGACUUUCGCUGUGGCUACCAUGCCAUCCCAAGUAUGAGUCAUGUGCACCUCCACGUGAUCAGCCAAGACUUUGAUUCUCCUUGCUUAAAGAACAAAAAGCACUGGAACUCGUUCACAACAGCCUACUUUAUUGAAUCUCAAGAUGUCAUCCAUAUGCUUGAAACGGAUGGAAAGGUAACAGUUAAAGAAGGCACCAGCGAAUUGUUAAAACUACCUCUACGUUGCCACAAGUGUCGCAAAGAACUUGCCACUAUACCAGCUCUGAAACAGCAUCUCAGGUCUCAUUUCCCUGCAGAGAGUCCGUGAUAAUACCUUACAUGUUCAUAAAUUCGUUGUGGGACAUCUGUAAUUAGCUCGCGACCAGUCCAGGGUGUACCCCGCCUUUUGCCCAAAGUCAACUGAGAUGAUGGAUACCAUCUUACCUGUGUCUCGUGAGGAUGAGUGAUAUGGACAAUAGGUAGAUGCAAUAUGAGAUGCUCUUCUCGUGGAUUUAAGCAUCAUGACACAACGGUCUACAUACCUUGCUUCUUUUCCCACUCAUUAAAUGGCUUUUCAAUUGCUUAGUAAAACAUUCAAUGUAGAUUAAAGGAAAUACUUUUGUCAUUGUUA